UCACUCAAGGGUCACCCUGACCACCUGCACACACACACAAGGAAGAUCCACACACAUUCGCAAUGGCCAUGCAAAGAAAGAUACUCACCUUGUCGGAUUCCUUGUCGUCGUCGGUCUCCCAUACCGCCUCGAUGACCUCGACGCCCACGGCCACGGCGGAGGUGCUCUGGGGGUCGAUGCCGCACGACUCGCUGCUCAACGGACACAUGUCGUUCAAACCAUACACCUAAACGACACAGUCGACAGGACACACACAAGGGUGUCUUUGCUCUCUGUCUCUCUCUCUCUCUCUGUGUGUGUGUGUGCAGAGCACUCGACGUGCCUUUUCAUUGGUGUCCUCGAGUGUGAGCAGCUCCUCGGCGUCCCUGGUGCACGUACCCACAUACAUCCGCAGCUGAACACACACACAUCCAUCCGUCCAUCCACACACAGCAGACACAUGUUUGCUUGUCAGUUUGUGUGCCUUGAGUUUGAUGUCUGCCGGUGCGACGAAGACGAGGCUGCAGUGGUCAUCCUUGGUGCACCAAAAGUUACCUAAAGACACGCACACACACUCGCAGGCAUGCAGCAUGCAGCCCAAAUCAGACAGACAGACAGACAGUCGCCCAUCCCACCUCAGCUCACCUUUUGGGUAGAAGGAUAUGACGCAGUCCGGGAUGCCAAACACAGUCAUCUUAGGUGUCGACAGACUAAUCAU